AUGGAAAAUCAGAUGAUGUUCGAUAAUCUGGAUGAGAAGUUUGAAGACGAAACAUCAGUGGUAAGAUCUCGGAAUUCUCAUGCCACAUUUGCAAAACGAAAAGAUAACGGCCAAGUGGAUAUCCGUCAGUUUCGAUGUGCCUAUUCCGGAAUCAGAACGGGUCAGCUAGUCGUCCGAUUGGUUCCGCAAGAGAAAAUGAAGCAGGCCGCCGAGGCUUUUAGCUCUUCUCCAACCAAAGUAGUGUACAGCUUACAUCGAAAAGCCCAUAUUAGUUCAUCUGCUCUAGCCAGUAUUGAUGUGUGGUCAAAUUUGCCAGUGGACAAAUUGAAGAGACUUACCACAAUUCCGUGGGAGCCCAGGGCUGGUUCAAGAGUACCUCUAGCGGUCACAGAGAACAAUACCGCAAACCGUGUUCCACAAGUCCCCGCUGUAAUGACGGGGUCGUCGGUGUCUGUCUCGAAACCGACCGCAGUGGAAAAAAAUCCCCACGUCAAAACUGUUGAUGUGAAAAAUUUCUUUGCUCCAAUCUCCAAAAAUAAAACCAAAAUAGAUACAGUGACUGCACCGCCUCCCAAACCAGUUCACAAACGCCCAUCAACUUUCAAUGACUCCAAGAAAGAAAACAAACCAGUUUCCAAAUCUCCUGUGGUUGUGGAGGCAAAUAUAACAGACGAUGAAGAGGAAUUCUUGACCAGUUCUGUUACGGUAAGCGCAAAGCGCAAGCGAAUCAUUGUGGAGUCAGAUGAAGAAAUGGAUCCGCCUCCAGCCAUUACGACAGAUUCAAACAAGCCCGAAGUCUCGGAUAAGGUGAACAUUUCUUCGGGAAAGAAACCAACGAAAACAAUAAAACCGCCAGCUCACAAAGAAGUUCUCGUCACAGAUUCUGAAACAGAUUCUCCAAUCGCCCCACGUGGUCGAAAGUCACAGGGGGAGCAAAAGACCGAACAAAGCGGUAGCAGCAGCAGCAGCACUACUCAACAACAGAAACAGAAGAAGAGGAAGAAGAAGAAUCCAGACUCACCGGUUGCCUCUGUCCAGUCUUCAGCCAAUGUGGAAGUCAAUUCGAAAACGGCUAGCAGCUGUUCUUCGUGUUCUAAAUUUGUGGACAAUUCGCAUUCCGGAAAGAAACAUCAUGUCAAACGUCAGGUCAUGAAAACGUUCCAGGAUGACGAAGGCUUUAUGGGUGAGUUCGGUCCACACAUGCUUUCGUACAAUUGA